AUGCACGGAUCAGGAAGACGUAAAGAGCGUUCUUUGUCACUGUCAGGCGGCAGAGCUCCUGGAAGCCCGACACGCGACUUUGGCGUAGCUCCUGCACAGGUAGAUGUAUCUGCUACCAGAGCAGCUCCCUUCGCUACUAGUGCAGAAAUGCUGCGGGAGGCAACAGUUGUAGCUGAACAGGCACUGAGGCAGUAUCAGGCCGAGACUCAGCCUACUUAUGCCACUUUUCCGUAUCAGGUGCAGCGCAAGCCUAUCCCACAAUCAAACCCUCGCCAUGCCGCCGGGCCUGUUGGAGGCUCAAAUCAGCUGCAGAGGAUUCCAGAAGUUACCUCGGAAGGCUCAUCGGGUGAAGCUGCAGUUAAGCAAGAGGAAAAGAAACAGAAAUUAUCUACGAUGCCCUCAAUUCUCAGGCCGGGCGGUUCAAGUCAGGCGGCUAAGCAUCAAAAAUCUGCUUCGAUGGAGGAGUACUCGCGUGCACUGCCCAGAAACUUCGACCCCGUUACUGGCAGAAAGCAAGAAUCGAAGCAAGGCAGUAGGAGACCCAGCUUGCCGUAUGUUUUCGAGCCUCUUUCUGCAGCUGAGCCACAGCGAAGAGACUUUCCGAACCCUCAUCAAUCGUCUGUUGUCCACAAUGACUCGCAGCUGUCCACCUCUGAAUUGCAGCGUCGUGCCAGUCAGCAGAUACAAUCGCCGAUACUGUCUCGAGGUCCUUCUUCCUUCGGACCUGGACAGAGAAUCGAUCGCCAGGUACGCAAUCUGUACGCAUCCGACAUCCCGUCCACUCCUCCACUUGGCCAGUCAGCAACUUUUCAGACCGAACCCUUGUCAAUCAAUAAGGCUAGACAAGCUAAGCCUCCUGUUCAGCCUUCCGCCGAGCCCCAGGCUGGAUCUUUAUCUUCAGCAUGGUCCUCGAAUACCGAGUCGGAGCCAACACCCACACCGAGCAGCAUCGCCGCAACGCGUGAGCGUAACGCAGAGCUGGAGAGAGAGCUGCAGCCUGUUCAGCUUACACUUCCUUCGACGUUUCUUUCAGCGUCCUCUGUACCACCGACACAGGCAGUGGCGUUGCCAGUGAUUGGUGCUCACUUUGGCGGGAGGCGAGCGCUGGAAAAGGCAGCAGCGCCUGGUGUGGCCACCAGUGCUGCCGAGGUCGCAAGUAUCAAGGCUUCUGCUGCUCCUUUCGCUCCAGCAAAGUCUUCCAACCUGUCAGCACCGCCCAUUCGAUCCAACUCAGGCGACACUAGCUUCUCGGGAGAAACGCUCGCCUUGCCUGAUGGGACGCAGAUCCCAACCGUCCGGACCGACUUUCAGAAUCUCAAGCGCAUUAGCCUGCCCAAGCAAGCUGUGAUCACCGAAAAAGCUGGCCCAUCAACAGUCAAGGAGCAAAUGCCAACCGUGGGUGGUCAUGUGUUGGCUCGCGAAGAUGCGAAAAUGGUCAAGAAAAACGACGGCUCUUCCAGGACUAUCUAUUCGCCCACUCCUCAGACGCUUGCUGCGGCUAGGAGGCAGUCGACUCUGCUUCAGGUGCCUCAGGGAGGCAGCAAAAGUGAGGCCAAGAGCGAGGAGAGGAUCCCAUCGCCACUUUCUGCUUCAGUCGAGGCUCCACCUGCACCUCAGAUCCCGCAUUCGCUCACGUUUGACAGACUUGCACCGUCUGUGGGUGCUUCGACUUCGCACGAGAAUCCGUCCCGUCCUGAUCCAGAAGCUUUACGCAAGGCGACCGAGGCUCAAGGUUUCGUUCAGACAGAUGCUAGUAACAAGAGCAUCACUGGAUUGACCCAAGCCAAGUCGGAUGACACUGAUGUGCGCAAGAGGAAAGAGCACGAAUACCUUGAUUUGAGCGACCCUUCACGAUCACGUCGCAACACCUUUGGCGAGCCUGGACCGAGCAUGCUCGAAGAAGCGAAUCGAAAGCUAUUUCUUUACCAAAUGCAGCAGCUCGAUCAGGAAGCCAGGGGAAAAGGUGUAGGUUCGUCCCGCCAAGCUGCAGUGUCGGCUACCACACUUCCUACUCCUGCUCAAGGUGUUUCCAGCGACAAGCCGGACAGAAAAAUCGAACCAGCGGUGGCUACGACGACAACCGUCGUUCGGCGCAAGAGUAGUGCUUCGCAACAAAGUCGACGUGACUCGAUUGGAUCCGCUACCACCGCUUUCGAUUCUCCAACCAAGGAGGAAUUCCCUAUCAAUCUGUUCCGACAAUCGAGCGGGGCAGGAAGUGCCAAAGCACUUCGAGGUACCGCUAAGGAAACAGUAGCGCCGCCGAGCGACGUCCAAGAGGUGCAAGAGCCAGAUGAGGCAGAGGGCAACAUGCCCAUGAACGAUGACGAUGAUGGCACGGAGAUCGAUGAUCAAGAGGGCACUUACGACCUUUCUCUCGAAAGGAGAGUGCCGUUCGUCGUAAAUACCUACACGAACAAUGAUGAAGACGACAUCGCAAUCCUCAAAGACGGUAACCGAACGUCAGAGUUUCGCUUCAUCCCAAUCUCGUCUGUCAAGGCGGGCAAAGCCCGGCGUCCACGUACACGCGAUACUCGCGUCUCCUUCCGCAGCAACCCUUCCAACAUUGAACAGCAGCGACCUGGAUCGAGGCAGCACGGUGCCUCGCCUGCUUGCCGACAGUGCUUCCGUGCCGGCUUUGACUGUGCCAUGAACCUGCAGCUUGGUGAAGGCACUGCCGCUCGCAAAGCUUUCCAAGACUUUGUAGCUGCGGGUGGACUCAAUGCUUUCUCGAUUCGAGAUGGUGCUGCUGUCACCGCCGGCCGACCCCACACUGCAGGCUCUUUGACGGACGGUCGGGAUGUCCGUGGCGGUAGCAUUACUGUCGAACAAGCUCUUGGACGCAACUAUGUCGACAAGCUCGGCGAGGUGGCUUUCGGCGAGUCGGCACUUAGUCGUCCCGUAACUCGUGGCAUGUACAACGAACUGCUCGAGGAGAAGCAAGAACAGGAAAGGCGUAAGCAGCUCGCAGCUGAUCACAAACCCUGGUCUGCUGACGCCGACGACGAAAUUGAUCUCGCCAAGUACCAAAAUAUGAAAGACCAGCAGCAGAAACAGGACACGGACAAAGUCAAACGCAGUCUCAGCAACAGCCACAGGGACCGCCGUCUGAGCCAAAUGACGCUGCAAGACGGCUUAGAUCAGGACCAAAUCGAGGCUCAGGAAGGCGAUGCUAGGACGACGCUUCUUAACAACAUGAAGCGUUCAGGCUCGCACAAACGCAGACAAUUCGAGGAGGGCGAGAUUGUUGAUUUUGAUCCCGCUGACUACGAGGAUGAGGACGACUUUGAUGGCGAAGUCGAUGCAGUUUCCUCUGCUUCUUCCGACUCAGACCCGGUCUUGUGGGCAGACAGAUGGAGUGGUUGGGUCAAACUGCGACAAUUGCUCGUGUACUGGGUCGUGGUGUUUGCACUCCAGGCGCUCGCCUCCGGAUACACCAACACAGUUGGUGAGAUCAUCUUGGACGAGAGCGCAAGCGAAGCAACUGCCAUGCUCUACCAGCUCGGCUCGCUUUCGUACAAUGGUAGUCAGGGUGGCGGAUUGUUCUUUGCCAACCUGAUCGUAGGUUUCGGUCGACAACGCAUGACGUUGAUCCCUCUGGUGGCAGUAGCUGUGGUGUGCGCCAUUGCUGGGUUCAUGCACAACGUCUUUGCGCUCCUCGCUUGCCAAGCAGGUCUAGGUCUCGUUUCCGGUGUUUUCCUGUUUCUUUCGCUCGCCACGGUCAUGGACAUCUUCGCCACCUCCAAGGGUCGCCUGUUUGGUGUCGGUUCCAUUGUGUUCAUGCUGGUAGGCGGACAGCUGGCUGGCCCUUGGAUCUCUAGGCUCGUUCUCGGACUUCUGAGCUGGUCCUGGACGUACUGGCUAACGAUAAUCGUAGCUGCUGUGUUGGUGGUAUACGACGGUAUUUUUGCUCAAGAGACGGCUGCAUUUGUACUGUUCCGCCGCCACGCACUGCGUAUCAAACGUACGGGACAGGGAUGGACACCGGAGCCUCAACCAGAAACCAACAUCCGUCAAGUGUUUGGCGACGAUCUGGUGAGGCCGGUGCGGCUGCUGAGGUACAACCCUAUGCUGGUCAUUUUAGCACUGGGUCUCUCAGCACUGGCGGGAAUGUACAUGUUCCUGUUUUCAGGCCUGCAAAUGGUCUUUGUUCGUGUGCAUGGACUGUCGAACAACAGCGGCGCACUCGCGAUUACAGUCUCGGCUGCAAUCGGGUCGGCGCUUGGCGUUGUGGCCAUCUUCUUGCUCAACUCGAAGAGAGCUUCUUCGAACAAUACUGGUGGCUUUGCUACUAAAGCUCGCCCUCUGUAUCUCGACGAAAAGGGCCACAUCGACACACGCCGACCGCUUCGUGCCAAGACCGAGUCGUUGCUGGUCACGGGUCUUUACGCAACUGCUGCCUUUUCCUUUGCUCUCUAUACCCUGGCACUCACUUCGAGCUUUGCAAGCACGUGGUUCCUUACCGCUUUUGGCAUCGCCCUCGCCACCGCAUCGUUGAUCAUCGUCGGUAUGACAACAGUGCAGUAUGUGUUGGACGGAUACUCGACACCCCGAAGAGUAGCACUGCGAGACGUGGUGGCGAGAGAAGACGUUUCCACCCCUACACUGCUACAGAACGAGGAGGAGGAUCGCUUCACUUCGUACUCGCGUCGUACAGCGGGGCGGUUGGCUGCGGCUGCUCGCUCAGCGCGUUUCCAAGGCGGUUCAGGCGGAAGGCAUGGGCGCUUGGAGCAAGACAAGCUACAUGAUUCCGGCGACAGUGAAACGGGUGAUGAACGCGAAGCAUGGCUUGAUGCUGGCGAGACCAUCGUUGCGCAACGUGAUAAGAGGUGGCUCGACGAGACGGCGCUUGCCGCUUUGAGCGCUGUCGUGUCUCUGCUCUUUACAGCCUGCUCAUUGCUUUCGUUCGUCUCUUUCCAAGCCUUGGCCAAGCUCUCGUUCGGAGCGUUUGCCAUUAUCUUUGCUUCAGCUACACUCGUUGUGCUCCUGGCGUUGCUGUGCGUAUAUCUGUACGGAGCCAAGCCUCGAGCUCGGUCGCUCAGUAUGCUGGACGAGGCCGACAUGGAUCGUGCACACAUUCGACGUGCUCGUCUGCGCGAGAAGCGGGCUUUGAAACGUCAACAAUCGCUCACCCAAUCGCAGGCGCCGACUGAUAGCCACGCACAGCCAUUGCCAAACAGGAAGCCGAGUGCACCGAUGCGACUGGCGAAGAGAGUUGUCGACGCAUUGGGGUACAAACCGCUUUCGGACGACGGCAUGGACAUGUUCCAACGCGAUCUUGAUCCAGUGCCACGACGUGUCAGGACGCCAGCACCCAAGCCGCUGAUGCGACAAAUCGAGACUCGCUCGACGGCGACCGAUGUAGCUGAUGGAAAGCGCGAGCUGUGGUUGGCCAAACUCGUCGCGAGUCGAGACAAACAUCGACGAAUGGACGCGAACAAUGGAACGGAUGGAGAUGGUCUUGCACCAGCGAUCCGACUCAACGAGGAAACCUCAGCGGCCCAACGCGCUACGAACACCCACCUCGCGGGCGGUGGUGGUAGCGGGCUCAAACGGAGCAUGAAAAGCUUUGGUGGCGUCAUGCUCGGUCGCGCCACCACAGACAACGACACUCGCGCUCCUGCCAAGCGCGAUAUGAUCGGUCGUUCCCUGAAUGCCUCAACUUCUCUGCCAAUCAAUCUACACUCCAGCACUGGCAUCUACGCUUCGCCACCUACCCAACUCCACCCACUCUCACCUCCACCUCGAGCUCAACCUCGAGCCAGCAUCAGUCACCACCGAUCUCUUGUGCCUGCGCAUCCCGACGACGGCUUCGAAAUCGUCCACUUCCAGCCGCAACAGAUGGGCGAAGAAGACAGACCUCAUACGCCGGUCAUGACGAGGAAGAUGUUCAACAUGGCAGCGAGUAGGGCGGACAUCAUGGCUCGAAGCCAUUCGCAGCCGACCAACUUGCAUGCUGCGACUCAUUCGCCUGUCGCUGCCGGUGCGAGUCCACGAGUGGAAAGGCAGCGACACAUGUCUGGUCUCGGCUUCUAG